AUGAGUUUUUAAGCUUCAGAUUCAGCUUUUGUAGGAUUAGGUCCAAUUCCUUUGAGAGAUAACUAAAUGUAAAGUCCAGACUAGUUCGAAGAUAUUUUGAGAAAAAUGAAAAAUUAGCAAGAAUAAAAUAAGAUACAGCAAAAAGAGAAGGAACUAAAAGAUUAAAAAAACUUGCUUUAGCAGAGAGAGUAAGUAAAAAGAUUGAUAGAAAAAAAUAGCAAUAAGAAUUUCACUUAUGACUAUGAUGGGAAAAUAAUUAUAGCUAAAAAAGGGAGCUCAAAAAAUAUUGUAAAUCAAGAAAACACAGUAGGUGUAUCAUAUAAAAUUGGCACAACUACCAACGUAGUCAAAAAAAUUAAUGUAGAAUAACCACAGCAAGUCAUACCUAAAAUUAUUUAAGGAAAAGACCAAUAGCUUUAAGUAAAAAACUCAGGUUCAAAUAUUCAUUCUUAGAACUCUUCAUAAUCUAAUUAGUUUUAAAGUGAUCUCACAAAUUAACCUAACUCAUAUGAAAUGAUGCUUGAAAAUAUUAAGCCUUCGCAGGGAGUUAUAUUUAAAGGAGCAAAAGGAGAGGUAAAGACUGGUGAAGGCUAUAGCAAUUAAUAAUCUUAGUUUGAUUUUUAUGAUACUUAAAAAAAUCCAAAUGAUAUAAAAAGAAUGACUAAAAAAGACUAUGAGGAAUUUAUAAAAACUUCAGGAAAUUAUUCAAGAAACGACACAUACAAGCCAAGAAGGUAUACAACAAACAAUCUAAACCAAAAUAAAAUAGACAAUAAUUUUGAAGAUAUUCUUGAUGGAAUAAAUUAUUCUUAAAUACAACCUAUUGAAGAACAAACUGAGGAAGAAAAUUAAACACAUCAAGAUAAAGGAUUUCUAUAAAACAAUUUAAUUAAGGGAGUUUCUCCUCUGACAUAAAAUAAAAGCAGCUUUAAACUUGCUGGAUUUAAUUCUAUUUAGAGAUAGAGCUCUGAUAGAGUUAAUAAUAAAUAAAAUAUUUAAAUUUUUGAUAACCCUUAUGGAGUACCUUAAUAAAAUGUUAAUUAUUAAUCAAUAAAUAGAGGUAGUACUAUUUUUAAAAAUUCAUCUUAAAUUUAAUAGCCUAAAAAAAAUAAGGCUGGAAAUAUUUAAGUUGCAGAUUAAGAAAAGCUAAGAAAUAUGCUUUUAAACUGA